GAUUGCAUUCACUCAGCAACACAGCAGCCAAGUUAAAUUACUUUCCCCAGUUUGUCAUGAUAAGUGAUACCUGGUAAAUCCUAAUUAUAUCCCACCCAAAAAUCACCCAAAAAUUACCCAAAACCACCCAAAAACUACCCGUCUGAGCCAAUGGGACCGUUCGGAUUUACGCUUGAUAAUAUUUACAACACGGUACGGGUCGAGGAGUCUGCGAAGGAUAGCUGUGAACUGCCUAGUACAGGCCUACCUAGGCAAGAGGAAGCUUAAACGUUCAUUAGUGCUUGAUGGCUGAAUGUGGCAUGACAAAACAUUAAGCUUGGGUCGCAGGAGAUCUUUUUUGGUUGCAUCGAACAAUAGACAACAUCUUCCUCUUGCAUCCCUACCUCGCCUUGCAUAGUUCAGGGAAAGACUCGAGAACCUCAAUCCCGCCAACGGCCAAUUGCGAAUCCCGAUUCUCUAUCAUGAAGUGCACUAGAAGGACAAGAACACUGUUCCAGCAAUUGGAAGGCACAAGCAAGAGGAGAGGAGUAUCAUCUUCUUCAUUCAGAUCUUCCCGGCCUCGAUGUCAAGCUGAAGUAUCGUCUGCAGCAACGAAAUGUCACACAACAUAUCAGCCACAAAGAGCGUAUGCUUCGAUAUCAGCUUCAGAACUUCAAUUUGGUCAGCCGGUUCAUGAAACCCAUCCUCAUUUACUGGAUGCUGGAGAAGGUACGAAGAUGAAUUCAACAGCAUAAUUACGAUGCGACUAAACAAAGCGAUAGUUACUCCAGGCAUUUCGGCGCAAGAAUAUGCGGAUCGACGGGCAGAUUUCGCUGCAAAGCUUCCUCCAAAUUCAAUCGCCAUCUUGAGAGGGGCAGAUAUCAAAUACAGAUCUGGGGCCGUAUUUCAUGAAUUCCACCAGCAAUCAAAUUUCUUCUAUCUUACGGGAUUUAAUGAACCCGAGGCAAUUGCGGUAAUACAGAGAUUGGAGUCUUCAGAAUUUAUAUUCCACCUGUUUGUGAGACCUAAAGACCCGCAGGCAGAACUCUGGGAUGGUGCUAGAUCUGGGGAACAAGCUGCCUUGGAUGUUUUUAAUGCAGAUGAAUCUGGAGAUGUCAACCAAGCAGCUUUACAUCUAAGGCCACUUAUUGAAGGAGCUAGUGAAAUAUAUAUGGAUGUCAAAGAAUCUUUCCUUGGGGGUACUCUGGAUUCCAUGGCAGGCGUAUUGAAACAAAAGGAUCUUAUGCAACUAUUCCGCGAUGCGAAAGCAAAAAAAUCGAGGCCAGUUGGGCCGUUGAUAAACGAAUUAAGGGCCAUCAAGAGUGAAGCCGAAAUCGAAAAUAUGCGAAAAGCAGGUAAAAUCUCCGGCAGAUCAUUUACAAAUGCUAUGCGGAAACGAUGGACUGAAGAAAAACAUCUUGGCGCAUUUCUUGAAUUUGAUUUCAAAAUCGGAGGUUGUGAGAAGAAUGCUUACGUGCCAGUCAUUGGAGGUGGAAGAAAUUCUCAGAGCAUACAUUACGUUUCCAACAACGAUGUGCUACGGGAUGGCGAACUUGUCCUUGUAGACGCUGGUGGACAAUACGGUGGAUAUAUCACGGACAUCACGCGAACCUGGCCCAUUAAUGGCAAAUUUACAGAUGCGCAGAAAGAUCUCUACGAAGCACUCUUAAAAGUACAACGAAGUAGUGUUGCGCUAUGCAGGGGAAGUUCAAACAUGACUUUGGACAAAAUCCAUGCAGUUACCAGAAAUGGUCUUACGGAUCAAUUGAAACAAUUAGGAUUCGACAUGUCUGGAAAUGCUAUCGAUACUUUAUUUCCACAUCACGUCGGUCAUUAUAUUGGACUUGAUGUUCACGAUACUCCAGGAUAUUCUCGAAGUAACCUUCUCAGGGAAGGACAUUGUAUUACGAUCGAGCCGGGGGUUUAUGUUCCAAACGAUGAGCGCUGGCCAGCUCAUUUUAGAGGUAUGGGCAUCAGAAUUGAGGAUAGCGUUUGUAUACAGGAGGAUUCACCUCUAGUCUUAACAACCGAGGCAGUGAAGGAGGUUGUAGAUAUCGAAGCUUUACGCGAUUAAAUGAAGGGGGAUGAAUGAAUUGUAUGAUAAUGAUGUAUACCACUCCAAGCCAAAAAAGUAUAAAUGUAUAUACCCACAAAUCAAUCGAGAUUGAUAACAUCGAUUAGAUACUGAGUACUUUACCCA